AUGUCUCUUCCAUUCCCCGUCCAGAUCGACAGAGACCGGAUCUCGUCGGGAGACGACCUGUUGUCGCAGGAACUGACGCAAUUCAAGGCGCUAGAGGACCUCAAGUCCGAGUUCGGCCAGUGGAUCCAGAUUCUUGAAAACGAGGUCGUGGAGCUCAUCAACAAGGAGUACCAACAGUUUGUGGCGCUCGGAAACUCGGUCAGCGGUGGCAACAGCAAGGUGCAGGAGAUCAAGCAUCGAUUGGUGCUGUUCCAACGCCAGGUGGAGCAGGUCAAGCAGGAGGUCGACGCUACAGCAGAACGGAUUGCCAAGGUGCUGAAGAGCCAAAACCAACUGCUGGAGGAACGACAGCGCGCAAUGGAACUCAUUCUGUAUAUUCGGGCGUUCCAGGAGGUCGAGCUACGUGUCGGUCAAGUGGGAGGUGCUGAUUCGUCUGACCCCGAGGAAGUGUUGGAUCUGUCCAACCAGCUCAUCAAGCUGCACGAGACCCGCAACGCCCAUCCAGAGGCGGCAGUCAUGAAAUCGUCUGCAUCCAGACUGACCACUUUAUGUGGACUGGUCAUCACAGCUCUGUGCAACAGUGCCAAAACGAACCAAGAAGAGGGUCUUGACUUGUUGCGACAGGUGCAUGUUCUCCGGCGUUUGCAGAUGUAA